GCGCGCAUGCGCAGUGACGCCGAAGGAAGCCUCCGUUUCCCGGAAGCAAGAUGAAGGGCGGCGGAGGCGACGCCGCCGAGGCUGAGGCGACCGGAGCCGUUGCUUCGUGAGGAGGAACGGAGGAAAGAUUGGUGCCUUCAAAGGAAGAGGCUGGAAAGGCUGCCCAUGGGACUCAAGAUGAAUGGGGAGGCUUCGUGGCCCACAAGUCCUCCCACGCUACAUCUUUAGCCCAAGGGCGCCUCAGCCAUGGAAGACAAGCGCAACAUCCAGAUCAUCGAGUGGGAGCACCUGGACAAGAAGAAGUUCUACGUCUUUGGCGUCUGCAUGACCAUGAUGAUCCGGGUCAGCGUCUACCCCUUCACCCUCAUCCGGACGCGGCUGCAGGUCCAGAAGGGGAAGAGCCUCUACAACGGGACCUUUGACGCCUUUGGCAAGAUCCUGCGGGCGGAAGGGGCGGCCGGCCUGUACCGGGGCUUCCUGGUCAACACCUUCACCCUCAUCUCGGGCCAGUGCUACGUCACCACCUAUGAGCUCACCCGCAAGUACGUCUCCCACUACAGCAACAGCAACACCGUCAAGUCGCUGGUGGCUGGCGGCUCCGCCUCCCUGGUGGCCCAGAGCAUCACCGUCCCCAUCGACGUCGUCUCCCAGCACCUGAUGAUGCAGCGCCUGGGAAACACCAUGGGCCGCUUCAAAGUCCAGGCCGGCCAGAGCAAGCACUUUCCCGUCUUCGGCCAGACGCGGGACAUUAUUGCCCAGAUCUUCAAGGCCGAUGGCCUGCGAGGCUUCUACCGGGGCUACGUGGCCUCCCUGCUCACCUACAUUCCCAACAGUGCUGUCUGGUGGCCCUUCUACCACUUCUACGCAGAACAGCUUGCCAACCUGACCCCCAGAGACUGCCCUCACCUGCUCCUCCAAGCCAUCUCUGGGCCGAUGGCCGCCGCCACGGCUUCCACGCUCACCAACCCCAUGGACGUCAUCCGGGCCCGCGUCCAGGUGGAAGGCAAGAGCUCCAUCCUCCUCACGUUCAAGCAGCUGAUGGCGGAGGAAGGCCCCUGGGGGCUGACCAAGGGUCUCUCGGCCCGCAUCAUCUCUGCCACCCCUUCGACCAUCGUCAUUGUCGUGGGGUACGAGACCCUGAAGAAGCUGAGCCUCCGUCCGGAGCUGGUGGACUCUCGGCACUGGUAGUACUGGCCAAACUGGGAGAAGGGGUUGAGUGAGAAGAGGAGGAGGGCGAGAGAGAGAGAACGGAUGGGUCUCUCUGCAGUCUCCUGGGCCAUUGUGGAACGGUUGGAAAGUCACCCAAAAGCAAGGAUGGUGCAAGGAAAGAGAGCGGGGGGUGAAAGGUUAGUGGGGAAGAAGCCCACCUCCUCCUUUGUGGCUGCACCCCUUUGGACUAAGUGCAGCUCUCUGCAAAGGAAGCGCCUACUGUAGAGACUCCUGAACUGGUUCAAUCUGUGAGUAAAACUGGCACAUCUCCUGGU